AUCUCCUACAAAGCCCUGAGCUCCUUCGACACAGAGUUCGACCUGUCUAAUCAGAGCGGGAAGGUGUUCAAACAGGCCAAUGAGACGAGCCACGUGUUCACAGGCCUCUACCCAGGCUCCACCUACUCCUUCACAAUAAGAGCCUCCACCAUUAAAGGCUUCGGGCCUCCAGUCAUCACCCAGUUCACCACCAAGAUCUCAGCUCCUCUGAUGCCGGCGUAUGAUCAAGAGUCUCCUCUCAAUCAGACAGACUCCAGCGUCACUGUUCUGUUGAAACCGGCCCAGAGCCGGGGAGCCCCCGUCAG